AUGUUGCCUCAAGACACCGCUACUGACGCUGUCACGCUCACCACGACAAAGCACCAGGAAGUCUUCACUUUCCUCCGGCCAACCUUCGAUGCACACGCUUACCCUGGGCUCGGCGCACAGCUUGGGGGGCCAAACAGUGCGGCGUAUGCGGAUUAUACGCCUGAGGCGGCACUACCGGGCCAGCCGCUUGAGCGCGCCGAGUCCGUCGUCGCAUUCCAUAUGUUACCAUAUGUGCGGCCAUCGGUGCUAUACGUAUUCGGCAGCGAAUCCCACUACACGGCGUGCGAGCCGACCGCUGACAAGGUCGAGUCAACGGGCGUGGGCAUCGGCGGGAGUGGCGGUGCAGCCAAGGGCCGAGUGGCGGAGGUGACGGUCCAGGGUGUUGGCCAUCUAAUUCCGAUGGAGGCCGUUGACGAAACGGCGGAAGUCAGCGUCAAGUGGCUGGGAGAUGAGAUGGCGGCAUGGAGAGAAAAGGAGAUCGUCGAGCGAAGUGAAUGGGCGUACAUUCCGGAUGAGCAGAAGCGGACCAUUAGUGAUCAGUAUCUCGAGGCGUUGAGGGGCGAGACGAAAUCUGGUGCUGCACCAAUCUCGAAACUCUGA